UAUGGGAUCUUGAUGGGGAACAUAGUCUUCUCGUGGUGUCUACAAGGCUUAAUCGAGUUAUUCAAUUUAAAAAAAUUAAAAUUCUCGAAAGAAGGUUAUAUGUAUCAAAGACGUCUACCGUCGUCCGAAUCAAAAUUCAAAAAUAUUUUAUUUGUUAUGAUCCCAGUGUGAUCUCAUCUCUUGUUUUUGUGGUGCUAAAACUGUCGAAAAGUUUGUGUAAACUGUGAACAUUGUAGAGCAUGAAAGUUAGCUAGUAUUGGAAGGCAUUUAACACUCCAGCAAUAGGCAGACCAAAAUGAGUACAUUCACUGGCGUUAUGAAGGAGUUUCCAUCAUUAUCGAUAGACCGAUUCGACAACGAAAAUCUGAGAUCAACUGUCUUUCUACUAUCUCAUUGUCAUGCCGAUCAUAUGAUGGGUUUGGACAACCCGAAUGGAAUACCGGGACCAUUAUACCUAUCGCCGAUAUCGUCGGUUAUAGUCAAAAAGCAAUAUCCGAAUAUCAAAGAGUUGGUGGUACUGAAAGAAAAUGAACCAACACCUAUAAAGUACUCAGAUGUGGACGGAGUCACACGAUUCGUUACAGUAACAACUGUGGCAGCGUUCCACUGCCCUGGGUCCGUCAUGUUUCUGUUGGAGCAGGAAAAUGUUAAGGUUCUCUACACGGGUGAUUUUCGUUUAUCGAAACGACACAUGGAAAAGAUAAAACGACUGAAAAACCUGGUCGGAUCAAUUGACACCAUUUACAUCGACUCGACAUUUCUAUCGACCGAUUAUCUCAACUUUCCCGGCCAGAUUCGUAGUGCAACGACAAUAUGUAAAAUAAUCAAUGAAUGGAUCGGUAAAAGCCCGAAGCAUGUCAUUUCGUUGAAGAUGCCGGCUCGAUACGGCUACGAAAUGCUUUACAUUGAAAUUGGAAAGCGGUUGAAAGUGAAAAUUCACAUUAAUGAAAGUGAAAUGGAGAAGUAUCGGUACAUUCCGGAAUUGGACAACGUGUUCACCACAGUCCCAUCAAAGAGUCCAAUACAUGCCUGCUUUGAUUAUUACAACAAAAACGGGAGGAGCCUUACGUGUAAUCCAGAUAUCGAUCCAGCGCUAAUACGUGUAAUCAAACCCACUGCUAUGCUGUGGAGACAAUGGCAGGAAUCGUCAGAUAUCGUGAAAUUAGACGAAAACAAGAAUGUUCGAGUAUGUUACUCCAAUCAUUCGAGUAUGUCGGAAAUUAGGGAUUUUUUGUUGUACCUGAAACCAAAGAAUGUGGAGCUGAAUGUACUGCCACAGAAUGAAUUACAGAGACGAACAAUGCUAGACGCAUUAUCCGAAAUUGUGAAUGAAAUUCAGUCCACGAAUAUUAAUCGACAGGCACCAAUUCAUGUAUCCAGUUGGGAUAACUUGAGCAAAUUAUCAAAACUAAAUAUGACGCGUUAUUCAAGACGACGAGACGAGGGCGAACAUUCGACAUUGUGUCCACCAAAACGAAAAAAACUGUAGCUCUGCAGUGCUUGGUGUAUUUUAUUUUAUUUUUAUUUUUAAAUUGACGACAGCAAUAAAACCAAUUCUAUUUUAGACAUUGCCUUUAGCAA